CAGAGCGAGAGUGGGGAAGAUGGCGGCGGUGGUGGAGGUGGAGGUUGGAGGUGCCGCCGGCGAACGGGAUUUGGAGGAGGUUGAUCUCUCAGACCUGUCCCCUGAGGAACGAUGGAGGAUCGAACAUGCUCGGAUGCACGCCAAGCACCGUGGCCACGAGGCCAUGCACGCAGAGAUGGUCCUCAUCCUAAUCGCCACACUGGUAGUGGCACAGCUGCUUUUGGUGCAAUGGAAACAGAGGCAUCCUCGAUCCUACAAUAUGGUGACCCUCUUUCAGAUGUGGGUUGUCCCCCUCUAUUUCACAGUGAAGCUACACUGGUGGAGGUUCCUGGUGAUCUGGGUCCUGUUCUCCACUGUUACCGCCUUUGUUACUUUUCGAGCCACUCGCAAACCUUUGGUCCAGACAACUCCAAGGCUGGUUUAUAAGUGGUUCUUGCUAAUAUACAAAAUCAGCUAUGCCACUGGAAUUGUUGGCUAUAUGGCUGUGAUGUUCACCCUCUUUGGGAUUAACUUGUUAUUCAGAGUCAAACCAGAAGAUGCAAUGGAUUUUGGGAUCUCCCUCCUGUUUUAUGGCCUUUAUUAUGGAGUCCUUGAGAGGGACUUUGCAGAAAUGUGUGCAGACUACAUGGCUUCUACAAUAGGAUUCUACAGUGCAUCGGGGAUGCCUACCAAGCAUCUCUCAGACAGCGUCUGUGCAGUAUGCGGGCAGCAGAUCUUCGUAGAUGUCAAUGAAGAGGGAAUCAUUGAGAACACAUACAGACUGUCCUGCAACCAUGUAUUUCACGAGUUCUGCAUCCGUGGAUGGUGUAUUGUGGGAAAGAAGCAGACAUGUCCCUACUGCAAAGAAAAGGUGGAUCUCAAGCGGAUGUUCAGUAACCCAUGGGAGCGGCCUCAUGUCAUGUAUGGACAGCUGCUCGACUGGCUCCGUUACCUCGUGGCCUGGCAGCCAGUCAUCAUCGGACUGGUACAGGGAAUCAACUACACCCUGGGUCUGGAGUAACCCUGACACAGAAGGGAAGCUUGGGCACAGGGGUCAGGGGCCAGCCGCCCUCCAGCUCAAGCCCCGGGCUGGGGCAGCCCCCUCCUCCAGCACCGCUGCCAGAGACCUCGGCGUCCUGCAACUGCUUCUGAACACUCCCUCCCUCGACUCCAGGGGCAGACUCUUGUGUCUGGGGGUGUGGCAGCGAACCCCAGCCCAGUCUGGGGACUCCCAGACAGGGAGGUUCUUUUUAAAAGAAAAUUAUUUUAAUGACUAUAUUUAAAAACCUUUUUUAUUGCAAGAAUGUUAAGGUGGUGAUAGCCACCCUCUCUUCCCCUCCUCCCUUCCCUGUUCUCUUCCCCUUCCUCAUCCCUGUCUGCCGGCUUGAGAGCCCCAGACUGAAAUGGGAAGGUGUGGGGUGGCCUGGGUCCCAGGCAGGACCCUGAACAAGUCAUCUCCCUCCUGAAGCUCAGUGUAACUCCUAAAAGAGGGUCUCCCCAGCUCUGAAAAGAGCUCUGACCCUGCAUGGUGUGCUGAUUUGGGGGGUUUCAAUGCCUGAAAAUCCAAACACACACACGCAUACACACACCGUGGCUAAGCAGGGUUGUCAGUCAGGGUUCCUGGGUAGUGGCGUUCCAAAGAGCUGGUCACAGCCGGGGAAUCUGCUGGAAGGGCUGUCUGCAGCUGUGAGGCGCGGAGACUGCGCUGCCUUUUGUACCAUUAGCUGCAGGCCCCAUCCCCUCCUAACUGGUCACGGGCUGGUGGUGACAGUGCUGCACAGCUAGGGUGGCUCUUGGGAGGGAAUAUUGCCUUGGGUGCCUUCCCUCCUGGUCUUCAGCAACCUCCAUCAGGUUGAGUGGGACCUUCUUCCAAGACAAAUGGUCUCUCCUCCGGAUGUAGUUUUCCAAAGCUAUGAGCCAUCCUUUCCCCUGCACUCUGCCCUUUCCCACCAGACAAACCCACAGGUACACAUCCACUUACAUCCUACCUCCUCACACCUUCUUGACAUUUUCAAAGUUGGAAAUUCAAGACUUGGUGGUUUGGAGAUCUCAGUUGAAAAUAUUUGCAUUCAGUGGCCCUUCUACUGCCCUGGGGAGCUCUGGAGAGAGCCAAGAGUGUCCCCUCAGGAAGAGCUUCAUGACCCAGCCAUGCAAAGAGUUACCCCUUCCUUGAGGAGUCCCUCAUGGCCUACUUUGGGAGGUGGGGGUUGUCUUAUUUUUGUCAUCUGGGUGUGUAGGUGCCCUAAAAGAGCCAUCACUGUCCCUGACCAGCUGGAGGGUUGCCACCCAAAGCUCCAGAGACCUGGGAAAAAGCCCUAGUGGGGCCUUGGACACUUAUGUGGGUCACGGCAGGAAAGCUUGAAAGCAUGUGUGGUGAGGCAAGUUUCAAAGCAAAAUUGGAAGUAGUGAUGGAUGUGCCAAAGGCAAAAAAGAAACGGAACCAGGCAAAGGCAGAGACUCCUAAUGAUGACUCUCAGACUCCUGGAUCUGUGUCUGUUGCUGGGAACAGGCCAACCCGGGGAAGGGGCCCCUGACGUUAGGGCUGGAUGCAUUUGCUACUUAGUCUGGCUAUCUACCGGCCGAUGAUGGCGCAGGGCAGGGGAGGCGGAAGUUACUGACACGGGAUCUUUGAGGCUCAGCAGACUAUAAACCUGGCCAAUCAGCAGCUCUGCGUAUCUGAACGUUUUCAGCAUCCAUGAUUCCACGAGGGUUUGGGGAUAGUGCCCUCAAUAGGAAAAGUGAGCUGAAGCCCCUCCAAGGCUAGAAAUAUUGGGGUGACAGCUUUUAGCCAGGACCUACACCAUGCUGCUUAAAGUCAGAAGGGUUUACUUCAAUAUUAUUGAAUAAUAAUAGGAAGGCGGGAACAGAAGAUGGCCCCACAGAAACUGCAGGACUUACAACUGGGAGCUUUUCCCCCUUCUCUGCUCUGAAGGAUCUCGUCCCAGAAGUCUGCUUUCCUCUUCCCCACACACGGCCCCCAGGCUGGCUGAGGCUGCCACUAAUUCAGAGGAAGAAGGACCCCUCUCCCCCCCCCCCCCCCCCCCCCCCGUGUCUGCCUGGGCUCCUGCACUGGAGGCCACAAAGCUGACCCACCCCCCACCCCCACCAAUUUCACAGGGAGGGAGGGAGGGCCAUUAUUGGUAGGUUUUUCUUGUUGCUGUUGUUGUUGCAGUUGUGGGGGAUAUGGGUGGGGAUCAUGGGAGGGCAAAGGCCAGACUGGGAAGAGGGGAGCCUUCAGCUUUUGGGGUCAACUCCAGAGUCUGGAGACUGCCCCCUGAGAGGUGCUGGGCCCAACCUUUCUCACAACUCCAGUUUUAAUAAAACCCAGAGAGCUGAGAGAAAA